AUGCAAGACAAACAAGUUGCUGCAGAGGCAUCAAUUGUCGACCAAACCAAUCUGCUACCGAAAAGACAACUGCUCAUAGUCUUUGGCGUCCUAGCAAUCUCCUUGUUUAUAUGUUUCGUCGACCAGAAUGGCAUUGGUGUCAUAUUGCCAACCAUAUCUCGGGACCUUGACGCCACCGAUACCAUCUCUUGGGCUGGUACAUCAGCCUUGAUUGCGAACACAGUCUUUCAAGUUCUCUUUGGAAGAUUAUCUGAUCUUUUCGGAAGGAAAGUUGUUUUCCUUUCGGCAUUGAUCUUGCUCGCAAUUUGUGACCUGCUUUGCGGCUUCUCCCAAAAUGCCGUCAUGCUUUACAUCUUUCGUGCUCUUGCUGGUGUUGCCAACGGUGGUAUCACGAGCCUGUCCAUGAUGAUAGUGAGCGAUAUAGUCACUCUUAAGGAGCGAGGUAAAUACCAAGGAAUUUUGGGCGCCUGUGUAGGAUUAGGUAACAUGGUGGGACCUUUCAUCGCCGCAGCAUUUGCACAGCACUCCACAUGGCGAGGUCUUUUCUGGCUAGUCAGUCCACUUGCAGCACUUUGCUGUCUGGUAUGCUUUUUCGUCCUGCCUCCUUCAAAGCAGUCAUCAAAACUGGACUUCAGGAAUGUCAUCAAAAAGAUCGACUAUUGGGGCAUUCUUCUCGGGUCUGCAGCCAUCGUGCUCAUCUUGAUUCCCGUAUCUGGCGGUGGAAGCUACUUCGCAUGGAGCAGUCCUCUAGUCAUCUCAAUGCUGGCAGUUGGAGGUAUCUGUGCUCUGGCCUUUUUCUUUGUUGAACAUAAGAUUGCGUUACUUCCCAUGAUGCCUUUGUCACUAUUUACGAAUGCACCUGUAUGCGUGCUUCUCUUGCAGAACUUCCUGUUUGGUAUAGUCUAUUACUCGCAGCUCUACUAUCUCCCGCUCUUCUUCCAAAACGCGCGGCAAAUGUCAGCAAUCACAUCGGCUGCUCUUAUAUUGCCUAUUACCGCAGCACAGAUGACAUUGUCCAUCCUCUCAGGCCAAUAUAUAUCUAGACGGGAGCGAUACGGCGAAGUUAUCUGGGCAGGCUUCUUCCUCUGGACCCUUGGAGUUGGUCUUACUUGUAUCUUUGAUCGCGGCACGCCGAUAACUGCUAUCGUGGUUAUCUUGCUCAUUCAAGGGGCAGGUGUGGGUUUGAUUUUCCAGCCCAGUCUAGUUGCGUUGCAGGCUCACUGCUCCAAAGAGCAGCGUGCUGUGGUCAUAUCCAAUCGCAACUUCUUACGCAGUCUAGGCGGUGCAGUAGGUCUUGCAAUCUCUGCUGCUGCGCUGCAAAACUCUCUCGAAAAGGCCAUGCCUCCUGAGUUUUCGGCUUUCCUUUCAUCCUACGACACUCCGGACUUUGAGGCAUUGAGUGCUUCGCCAGAGCAGAUAGAAGCUGUUCUACAAGCCUAUGCUACAGCUAGCAGGACGGUGUUUAUUAUGAAUGCACCAUUCAUGGGACUCUGCCUCAUCGGCUGCAUUCUGAUCAAGGAUCGUGGACUGCAGCGCCCUAACGAAGUUCAGCAAAUCGCUUCGCGCGAAGACGUGGCUGAUGUAGCGGAGAAGAGACUUGAGGAUAAGGUGAUUGAUUUGGGUAUUUUGAACAUUUGA